AACACCUUGGUGUCUGCGUUCUUUAUGAUGGACCCUAAUGAAAAUGACCAAAAAGCAAGCGAAACGUUGAUCCAGGAAGACCACUUGAGUGAAGAGGAGGUGGAAUUUGUAGGUGAGGGGCCUUCAAGACCUGUCUUGGACUGUAUUGACCUGGUUAGCGAUGAUGAGUCACAGACUUUGUACCAUUAUGGAAAAUCUAAAGAUCAUGUAACUGCAACCCUUGAUCGUCUUGCACGCGAUAUUGAGGUGCAGAAACGGAAGCGAGCAGCGAAAACCAAAGCAUUUCAGGACAAGUUAAACCUCCAGCGUGCACAUGGGUUGCAGGCGUUGGCUCUUAACAAGGAUCGUCCUGGUGCUAGUGCUGCAAAGAUUUGUGUAAAUCAAUGGCUACAAAUGCCUGGUCUCAAGUCCGGUUAUGUGAGUUCCAACCGUAGAACUUUCGUCCAGCCAAAGGACGUAGUUCCCAUAAACACGGAACCAAUUACUUGUCCUGUUAUGCGCUGCAAUAGAAAUUUUGACAACCGCCCUUUGCUGUUUGGUCAUCUAAAAAGGUUUGACCACUCCCCAUGUGAUCCAACUAUUUUCCUACAUGGAGUGUGUGAUACCUCAUAUGUGUGCCUUGUGUGUCAGCAUCGAUUUGCAACUACAAGAGAAUACACAGCCCAUUUGGCUGCUAAGGUAAAGUUGGCUGAUGGUCAUAGUCAAACUCUUUCUCCAUUAGAUGUCCAGUGCUUUGCUUGUCCUAGCUGUUUCCUUCUUUUUAACAAAAGAGAUGAUUGUCUGAAGCACAUGUCAGCGAGUAAUCACUUUGUGCGAGGCAUCAAACUUAAUGGUGAAAAAGGAAUCCCAAGCCCAGUACCUAUUCCAUCGUAUGCAAAGAAAGUCUUGAUUGCACUUUGUAAGGACAUUCCAUUUCAGGUUGUGUGUACGUCUUGCAAUUGUGAGCUGCGUUCUCAUAUGGAAGUAACGGCACACUUCAGAACACUAUGUCGAAACGCUGGGCCUGCCUCACUUUCAGACAAGAGCAUAGCUGAUGUUGCAUCUAUUUUCCGGCUAUAUGCUUUCUGCCAGACAUGCAAACAAGGUCUGAGUGAUGAAGCACACAUUGCAAAACACAUUGCGAGAACAAGUCACAACGUCAAGCAGAUUACUUCGAUAGAGGAGUCUAUUUUAGCAUUUUGCUACCUAAAUGAAGGAACAAAAACACCUUCUGACUUCUGCUUGUUGGCUGCCAAUGCUAGACUAAAACAUUGCACACUAAAGAGAAGCUUAAACGAUACUGAUGACAGCAGUGUUUUGUCAAAGCGUGUGAAGGAAAGUGAAACUGGUGAUGGUCUAAAGAAAGAGAGCAGUUUAAUGGCCACUGCUUGGUUCUGUGAAUGCUCUCAUCAGUUUGCAGCUGAGGAAGAUGCUGAAAAACACAUAAUGACAGCCAAUAAGAUCUUUCACAAGUGCAUGGUAUGCAGCAAGCUUGCUGUUGACCCUGCCAUUAUUCGCCUGCACAUGAGUCGAUUUCACGGUGGUGCACGCUUGGAAAGUUUUCUUUUCUGGUGCCAGAUGUGCAAGACUGAGCUAGCGAGGAUUGAAAAUGUGUUGAUGCAUAUUGUAGAUUGUCAUGGUGGUCAUUCCUUUUACUAUGAACAGGAAGUGCCUGAGGAGCAAUCUACUUCUUCAGAGGCUGAGAUGAUACUCGAACUUCCGGAAAGAGACACAUCCCCAUCACCACAGCAGUCUGCCGAAUGCUUAUGGCAGUGCCAAAUUUGUGAGGAGAUGUUUGAUUCUGAAGAGACAGUCAUACAACACUGCAAAUCUCUAAGCAUGCACCAGUUUCAUAAAUUCUGCUGUGAUGUCUGUAAGAAGAAGUUUCAUAAAAUGGAGACUUUACUUCGGCACUGUCAGCUUCAGCAUGAUGCAGUCGUAAAAAUGAAAUAUUUCUGUGGGCUUUGUGAAGAUCUCUAUUUUGAUGAAGAAGCCGCCUUCUUUGGUCACUAUGAGAGUUUCCACAGUUUGGACUAUACUUGUAUACCAAAUCAGGGGCAGUCAAGUAAUAAAAUGUCAGACUUGCCAUUGAAUAUAUGCAGUGAGCAUGAAAAACAGCUAACUUGUGGCUGCCUGGCAAAAUAUUCACUGAAAGUGAAACAGAAGACUGAUACCAAACUCUGCUUGGAUAGACUGUUUGGGAAAGGAAAACUUUGGUACAGCUGCUCCUCAUGUUCAGCAACAGACCAAACCUUUGAAGGCAUCAAUACACAUCUUUGUAAGAAUAAGGAGCAGGCCAGUAGCAGAAAUGUUGUUGUUAAGUGCAGCAUUUGCUCCAAAUCUUUUGCGCACCCAGAGGCUGCUCAAUCUCAUUAUCACGUGAAACACAGUUUUCUGAAUGAGCCACGUAAAAGUUAUAAUUUCAGAACUGAUGGAUCCAAAGGUGAGGUGUUUACAUUUACAGCAAGAAACACCUCUGUUAACAAAGUGCCUGCAAGACCAAAGCACACCAGUGCAAAAUCAUCGCGUUGCGAGGCUCAGAAUAGUGCCCCAAAUCACAUUGUUGAGACAAAUGCUUCAUGGUCUGGGAAAAUCAAACCAGAAACUGAUGCUAUGGAGAUAGAAAACACUGACAAAGGUUCUCUAGAACUGCAGGAUUGCGAGUUACCGGAUUUGGAUUUUCUCAAAACUAUGACCCACAUUGUUUUUAUUGACUUGGACAAUUGGGCCCAGUUUUUUUCUCAUCUGCCAGGAUACCUAAACCAAGGAACAUUUGUGUGGGGAUUUCAAGGAGGGAAGAGCGGAUGGAAACCUCCGAUGGACUGCAAAUAUUUUAAGAAUCUCUCCACUACUGGCUGUUUUUUCCUUCACCCUCACUGCAGUGACCGUAAAGAUGCUGCCGACUUUGCCAUUUGUCUUCACGCUGGUCGUUUAGAUGAGCGACUCCCUAAGCAGAUUCCUUUCACUGUCCUUUCUGGUGAUAAAGGUUUCAUGGAAUUGGAAAACCAGUUCAAGAAGACUCAACGUCCAGCUCAUGUUAUAAACCCUCACCAAGUUGGAGGAGAUGUGAUGUGUGCUUUACUUAACAGCAUAUCAGAAACUACACAAGAAACACUUGAUGAAGACAUGGAAAUAAAUUCCAUGGGGCAGGAUGAAGAUGCUGAUAUGAAAGAAGCGAUCAGGAGAAGCUUACUGGAAACGUAACCCUAAGAAGACUGGAAUGGCUCUUGGGGA